CACUACACCUCGUUUGACCACAAGUCCAGUCUCAUUCAGACUCAGCACACCCAACUCUGAACCACUCUUUCAUGGCGUUUGAUCUGCUCUCAAUAUUCUCGUUGUCUCAUUUUUGAAGAAGUCCAGUACACAACCGGAGACUGAGCGUGCUGCCUUGGCGGUUUAGUAAAAUGGCGGAGACGGUGAAGGCAAUGCCGGCACAGGCGGAGAAGAAGAAAGAGCAGAGUCUUCCGUUCUACCAACUUUUUUCAUUUGCAGAUAAGUUAGAUUACGUUCUCAUGAUCUUCGGUAGCAUCGGUGCCAUUGUUCACGGAUCUUCCAUGCCUGUAUUCUUCCUCUUGUUCGGUCAAAUGGUUAAUGGAUUCGGCAAAAACCAAACUGAUUUGAGCACCAUGACUCAUGAAGUAUCUAAGUAUGCUUUGUAUUUCGUUUAUCUCGGACUAGUCGUCUGCGUAUCAUCAUAUGCAGAGAUUGGAUGUUGGAUGUAUACUGGAGAAAGGCAGGUGAGUGCGUUGAGGAAGAGGUACUUGGAAGCCGUUCUGAAACAGGACGUAGGAUUUUACGAUACAGAUGCUAGAACUGGCGAUAUCGUUUUUGGUGUUUCAACAGACACUCUCCUUGUUCAAGAUGCCAUUAGCGAGAAGGUUGGAAACUUCAUCCAUUAUCUUUCGACAUUUUUGGCUGGAUUGGUGGUCGGUUUUGUGUCUGCUUGGAAGCUAGCUCUACUCAGCAUUGCAGUGAUACCGGGAAUUGCAUUUGCCGGUGGCUUAUACGCAUAUACUCUCACCGGUCUUACGUCCAAGAGCCGUGAAUCCUACGCCAAUGCCGGCAUCAUCGCCGAGGAGGCAAUUGCGCAAGUUAGAACUGUGUACUCAUAUGUUGGGGAGACGAAGGCCCUUAAUUCCUAUUCCGAUGCAAUACAACACACAUUGAAGCUGGGUUAUAAGGCUGGAAUGGCAAAAGGAUUAGGACUCGGAUGUACAUAUGGAAUAGCUUGCAUGUCUUGGGCACUUGUUUUCUGGUAUGCAGGUGUCUUUAUAAGAAACGGACAAACCGACGGUGGAAAAGCAUUCACAGCCAUUUUCUCUGCCAUUGUUGGUGGAAUGAGUCUAGGUCAGUCAUUUUCGAAUCUUGGAGCAUUUAGCAAAGGGAAAGCAGCUGGUUACAAGUUGUUUGAAAUUAUUAAGCAAAAACCCACUAUACAUCACAACACUGUAUAUGGGAAGUGUUUGACUGAAGUCAACGGGAAUAUCGAGUUCAAAGAAGUAACUUUUAGUUACCCUUCACGUCCAGAUGUCAUUAUCUUUAGAAGCUUCUCCAUAUUCUUCCCGGCCGGAAAGACAGUUGCGGUGGUUGGCGGUAGUGGGUCCGGCAAAAGCACCGUUGUUUCCUUAAUUGAAAGGUUUUACGAUCCUAAUCAAGGCCAAAUACUACUAGACAAUGUGGACAUAAAGACACUCCAACUUGAAUGGCUACGUGAUCAGAUUGGUUUAGUAAACCAAGAACCCGCACUCUUCGCCACUACCAUACUUGAAAACAUACUUUACGGAAAACGAGAUGCCACCAUGGCUGACGUGGAAUCCGCCACGUCAGCAGCGAAUGCACACAGUUUCAUCACCCUUCUUCCUAACGGCUACAACACUCAAGUCGGCGAAAGAGGAAUCCAACUAUCUGGUGGUCAAAAACAAAGAAUUGCUAUUGCCAGAGCCAUGUUAAAAAAUCCUAAAAUCCUACUUCUAGACGAAGCGACAAGCGCGCUGGAUUCCGGUUCUGAGAGCAUCGUACAGGAAGCUCUCGACCGGUUAAUGAUCGGGCGGACAACCGUUGUGGUCGCACAUCGGUUGUCCACCAUAAGAAAUGUUGAUUCGAUAGCUGUCAUCCAACAAGGACAUGUUAUUGAAACGGGAACACACGAAGAACUGAUUUCAAAACCAGGGGCGUAUGCGUCUUUAAUCAGGUUUCAAGAAAUGGCGGGAAAUCGGGAUUUUUCGAAUCCUUCCACACGUAGGACACGGUCAACGCGGCUUAGCCAUUCAUUGUCGACAAAGUCUUUAAGUCUCAGAUCCGGAAGUUUAAGGAAUUUGAGUUAUCAGUAUAGUACUGGUGCGGAUGGUCGUAUUGAGAUGAUAUCAAAUGCUGAAACAGAUAGAAAAAAUCCAGCUCCGAGUGGGUAUUUCUUUAGACUAUUGAAGAUGAAUGCUCCCGAAUGGCCUUAUUCUAUAAUGGGUGCUGUGGGGUCUGUGCUUUCGGGAUUUAUCGGUCCCACAUUUGCGAUUGUUAUGAGUAAUAUGAUUGAGGUUUUUUACUAUGAUAACCCUGAUAAAAUGGAGAGUAAAACCAAAGAAUGUGUUUUCAUCUACGUUGGAGCUGGUUUAUAUGCGGUUGUAGCGUAUCUAAUCCAACAUUACUUCUUUAGUAUCAUGGGUGAGAAUCUCACUACACGAGUAAGACGAAUGAUGUUAGCAGCGAUAUUGAGGAAUGAAGUUGGAUGGUUCGAUGAAGAAGAGCAUAACUCGAGUUUAGUUGCAGCCCGAUUAGCGACAGAUGCUGCAGAUGUGAAGUCAGCCAUUGCUGAAAGGAUCUCGGUUAUAUUGCAGAACAUGACUUCACUCCUGACGUCAUUUGUAGUUGCGUUUAUAGUGGAAUGGAGGGUUUCGCUUCUUAUUCUUGGCACCUUCCCUCUUCUUGUUCUGGCUCAUUUUGCUCAGCAACUUUCCCUAAAAGGCUUCGCCGGAGACACGGCCAAAGCACAUGCGAAAACUAGCAUGAUCGCCGGAGAAGGAGUGAGCAACAUUCGAACCAUCGCAGCCUUUAACGCCCAAGACAAAAUCCUGUCCUUAUUCUCCGACGAGCUUCGUGUCCCACAGAAGCAAAGCCUUCGCCGGAGUCAAAUCUCCGGCAUCCUGUUUGGCGUCUCCCAACUCGCUCUCUUCGCCUCCGAAGCCCUAAUCCUCUGGUACGGCGCACAUCUCGUUAAAAACGGUGUCUCCACUUUCUCCAAAGUCAUCAAAGUGUUUGUCGUUUUAGUCAUCACCGCUAAUUCGGUAGCGGAAACGGUUAGCCUCGCUCCGGAGAUUAUCAGAGGCGGUGAAGCCAUCGGCUCUGUGUUUUCCGUUCUCGAUAGGUCAACCAGAAUCGACCCCGACGAUCCAGAUUCCGAGCCAUUGGAAACGAUUAGAGGCGAAAUCGAGUUACGUCAUGUUGACUUUUCAUAUCCUUCCAGACCUGACGUCAUUAUAUUCAAGGAUCUGAGUCUUAGAAUCCGAUCAGGCCAGAGCCAAGCGUUAGUCGGAGCCAGUGGUUGCGGGAAAAGUUCAAUAAUCGCACUCAUCGAGCGAUUCUACGAUCCAACCGCCGGAAAAGUUAUGAUCGAUGGAAAAGACAUCAGAAGGUUAAACCUCCGGUCGCUUCGUGCGAAAAUCGGAUUAGUCCAACAAGAGCCGGCCUUAUUUGCGGCUAGCAUAAUGGAAAACAUCGCAUACGGGAAAGAGGGAGCGACGGAGGCGGAAGUGAUUGAAGCGGCGCGUGCAGCAAACGUUCAUGUAUUCGUUAGCGGUUUGCCUCAAGGGUAUAAAACUCCGGUAGGUGAAAGAGGGGUUCAGUUAUCCGGAGGGCAAAAACAGAGGAUUGCAAUAGCGAGGGCUGUUUUGAAAGAUCCGACAAUUCUGUUACUAGAUGAGGCGACGAGUGCCCUAGACGCUGAAUCGGAGUGUGUGCUUCAGGAAGCACUUGAACGGCUGAUGAGAGGGCGGACGACGGUGCUAGUGGCCCACCGGUUAUCAACGAUACGAGGCGUGGAUAAUAUUGGAGUGGUUCAAGAUGGUCGGAUUGUGGAACAAGGUAGCCAUGGGGAAUUGUUGAGCCGUGGCGCUGAUGGGGCCUACUCACGCUUGUUGCAGCUACAACACCAUCGGAUAUGAUUAUAUGAAAAUUUGGGGGUUGUUUUUUAUUAAAUAUAGAAUCAAAGAGAUGAAUGAUAUGGAUGAUGGUAUGUAUGGAAUGAACGGAUCUAGUAAUUAAACUAUGUUUAUGUCUUCUAAUUUAAUCAUUGGUUUUUAUUUCAUGUA